UUCUGUGACUGACAUUUUAGGGCAGUGUUCGUUUUCUGAUACCAAAAAUAUCAAUAAUGAUCAAUAUUUCAUACGAAAUUGUAGUUGCGAUAAUAUUGCAAUAAUAUUUCGCUCAAUACUGAGAUAAAAUCAUAAGAAUGUGUGAUGUUUGUUCGGAGUUUUCACAGCUUUUGGUGAAUUGUGAGGCUAGGCUAACCGACGAUGUUUCCCAAUACCCAACAAUAAGUCAAUCUGAACUAGAGACUGUGUUGAAUUACAUACUCUCAUGGCCACAAAGACAAUGUAUGUGCUGCUAUAGAGACGUGAAGAAUUUUGAGAGAUUUUAUUUAGUAGUUCAAAGCAUACUUUGCUUAUCAGUGUGUCAAUUGAAACAGCUCAAAGAUGAAUUAAUAGAAGCAGCUAAAUCUACAUCUGAUGAUUCUAAUGAAACUAAAUCUCCUAAUGCUACAAGACCACUAAAUGAUGAUGAAAAAACUGACAAAGAGACCCUUCCAGAAUUGGAAAAGCCAGAUAAAACUGAACCUGAAUCAAAAAAUAAGCUUAAAGAUGAUAAAAUUAAAGAGAAACUAUCAACAUCAAAUGAUGAUACAGAGGUGUGGCCCUUACAGCAAAAAGAGAAACUUAUGCACAUUGUCUCCAAGAUAUUUCUACUCAAUUUUCCCCUUUAUUUAGCUUGUAAACAUUCCGCAUUGAGCCGUUUAGAUGAUCUUUCUGCUCAAGAGAUAUCAAACUUAAGUUCAUAUUGUGAUCUUCAUGAUACGGAGAUCCCAGCAUACCUAUUACGCAAUGUUAGUUUAUUUUGCAAGCUUGGAGGUGUGUGUGCUAUGACUUCUGUUUUUGAACAAGCCACACCAAGCUCUUUACCAUUGUCUAUGGCUCAUGCUAUAGUGGCAGCUGUUGGGAAUUUGAAGCUUUGGCUUAAUUUUAGAGCUGUUGCACAAUUGUUUAUGCCAUUAAGGGGUAAAAUUCUGAAAUAUAUGUGUAGCCUAGAGGACAAAGAUCUUAGGGUACCUGCAGUUAAAUCAAUGGCAGAUUUUAUGUGGGGUGCAGCAAAAGAACCUCUGGAUGCCCCACUAGCUUUUGAUGUUGAUGGGCUUGCUCUGGCAUUCAAAUAUUUCAACAGCAGUACACUGACUAUGAGGCUAGCUGGAGUGGCACAGAUUAAUGCUCAUAUAGCAGCUCACAAUGAGCUCUGUGCUGGAGAACCAGCAGCCGAAGCAGAGUUGGCGGGUCAACAAUUGGCAACUUGGUUGACGAAUAACAACAUCAUUGAACAUCUUUUUGGGCCUAAUCUACAUGUAGAGGUGAUAAAACAGUCUCAUAUGAUCCUAAAAUUUUUGGCUGUUGAGGGACGGGUGACUCCUGAGCAUGUGGAGCUAGUGUGGGCGGCAGCACAAUUGAAACACUGUGGUCGUCAAGUGUAUGAUCUACUGCCAGGCUUCAUUAGAGCUUUGGCCCCAAAACCUUGUGCACAUCUUUAUAGUUUACUAUGUGCACUCCCACCCAAAGAACACACUGAACAGAGCUUGUACCUGGCGUCAGCGUUGAUGCGCGCGAUGUGGUCGCGCGGCGGCGGGGCGGGCGGCGGCGCGGGCGGCGCGAGCGGCGCGGCCCUGAGCACGCCGCCGCCGCUGCCGGACGAGCCGCCGCUGCGGCAGUCGCAAGCCGCAUGCAAGCCGCAUCAUAACUCCUCCUCGGAGGCCAGCGUCAGCAUGGACCAGACCAACUCCGAUGAUGACCCUUGUGAAGAGCUCAGUACAUCUGGAGAAGAAGCUGGUCCUACACCACGUAAACAAAGUAAACAUCAACGAGAACUUACAGCUGAACAAGAGUGGCUUCGUGAAGGAGAAGAGCUCUCUAAAAAAGAGUGUCCUGCACUCAAAUCCUGUCAAAAACGCAACAAGCGUGCAGGUAGCAGCGGCAGCGCCAGCAGCGGUGCGGAGGAGCUGUUGCGGCCACGUAAGAAGAAACUUUACAAGAAACGUCACAAGCCCAACAAAACGAGGCAUUUCCUAGCGACGCAACUGAAGUCCGUCGACCUGGCGGAAUCUGUGUCUGAAGUGGAAGAAGAGUCAUCGGGUAGCGACACUGCGCACUGCCAACUGCUAUGUGAUAACGUAGAUGCUAGGAGGUUAAUGGAGCUGCGGCUAUUGGAGAGCUACAAGCGGCGUGGCGGCGACGGCGAGGAGGAGGAAGGCAGCGCUUCGUCCGCUAUCUCUCCACACUCGCACCCCCAUCUUGGAGAUCUCGAUGAAGAUGAUUCCGCGUGCGAAGAGGAACUGGCGAGAUUGGCUGCACAGGCGCAGUGCCUAACGGAGUACCAGUCGGCGGCGGGCGUGGGCGGCGGCGCGGGCGGCGUGAGCGGCGCGCGGCCACCGUCGCCCGCGGCGCCGGCCGCCUGCUGCGCCGACGACGUGUGCCGGCCCGGACACACGCUGCUGUGGGACCUGCUGCAGGACGGCGCCAUUGAACAACUAGGAGAAGGUUUAGCGCUAGAGGCAGAGAAAGCGUUGUGCGCCUUACUGUGCUUCAGUACUGAUAAAUUUAUACGGAUAAAAUUUAUUGAAGGGUGCCUGGAUAACCUCGCUAAUCACAGAUCUGUAGCAGUGUCGCUUCGCCUCCUGCCAAAGCUAUUCUCUUCCUUUCAACAACUUCGCGGCAUGGAUAUGCAUCAGGUGGUGAUGUGGGCGGAGCGCGAGCGCGGCAUGAUGCGGCUGUUCCUGGAGGACCUGCGGCACUACACGGCGCAGGCGGGCGGCGCGGCGGGCGGCGCGGCGAGCGGCGCGGCGAGCGGCGCGGCGGGCGGCGGCCGCGGCGCCGAGCACGCGCACUACGCGCACAUCACCGAGCUCACCGUGCGCCUGCACUUCCUCACCGCCAUCUUCUCGCCCGUCGGCUCACCGCAGCACUUCAGAUUAACAGUUGAACAAGUAGAAGAAUUGUGGCAAUGCCUAGUGGUGCGAGGCAGUGGCGAGUGCGCGGACUGUCUUUACUCGUGGCUACUCUCGCACACCAAGUCACCAGAGCAGCACGCUCUCGGAUUGGACGCGUUACGGUUCUUGUAUGUUGAGAAGAUGCCUACUUUAGAUCCUGAAACGAUAAGCAUAAUGGGUUUGAGCCUGUACCAGCAGCUGUGCAACCUGGCCCGCAUGGCGCUAGGCGCGGGCGACGGGCGCGACUCUCACGACUCACGUGACCCCCGCAACUCACCGCACCCACACGCACUCGCUAUGGACCAUCUGUGGAAGAUCGCUCUUAGGGCUAACAGUACUGAUGUAUCCAUGGGGGCAAUCCAGUACCUAAAUAGCUAUUACAUGGGACAGCAGUUACAGCAAGAAGAUGAUUUUGUCUCUAAGUGUAUGUUCCAUCUCUCUUCCGCUGCCGAGAGGCUCAUAUCGAAAGAACAGGAUGACGAGAGUUCGAUUACUCCAGAGAAGCAGGAGAUGAAAGAAGCAGAGAAGACAUCUGAUAAACAAAAUAUUUACGAGCACAUGACAGAAGAGGCGGCUUUGCAAUGCAUACAAAGAGCACUUUUGUUGUUGAAAACACAUUUAGACACAUUUAAAAGAAGAUAUGCGUACCACUUACGGCGGUGGGCACUAGCGGAGUCAGGGGCGUGGGAGGGCACGACGGCAGCAGGCGGCGGCGGUGGUGGCGGCGGGGGUGGCGGCGGCGGCGCGGCGGGCGGGGGCACGGUGCGGCUCACGCUGCAGCCCGCCGGCGCCGGGCCCCGCGCCACGCUCACGCUCCACCAGACCGACUUGGUUGCACACCUGCGCGCUCACGUACACGUCUGGUGGGAGAAACAGAUACAAGGCGAAGACGGUGUUACGGCGUUGUCCACUGACGGGCCACUCCGUAUGAUAACGCAAGGCCAGGAGCUCACAAUUGACUAUGACGAGCGGACCUUAUAUGAUAUGGGGUUUAAAGACAACCAGCUGGUGUUCGUGUCGGUGGGCGUGGGCGGGCGCGGCGCGUGGGCGGAGUGGCCGUCGGCGCAGCCGGCGCCGGCGCGGGCGCGGCUGCCCACGCUGCUGCUGCUCGACCCCACUUACUUCCACCAUUUGUUCACGCUGAUGCAGGCACUCGGCCGCAUGAAGGAGCCCGGUGCCAAUGGGGAACCAGUAGCCCAUACGAAAGCUCAGCUUCUAUCGCGACGAGUAUGGGAUAUUUUACAGGCUGUACCAUUAAACCCUACCCUCCUGGAAGCGUUCCAGAACCCAGCUGAGAGCAAACUACCGGAACUAUUAGAUCCAACCAGUCCACAAAAGCUUAUGUAUUCUUUACACAUUAUAGACAAAUUGAGUUCAAAUAAUAAUAGUUCAAAUGUCAAGGAAGCUUCUGGCAGUGCUGAAAAGAAUGAGGAAGAUAAAAUGUCAGUUGAGAAUUGGAAUGAGUUAUUUAUAAAGAAGGGCGGAUUGAGAUUACUUUAUGACAUAAUGAUGUCUGGUGUAUUACAAAGAAGCGAUGACAGCGAAUGGAGGCAGGACUGCCUUGCAUUACUACUACAAUUACUCUGUCGCAUUGGCACUCUACCGUCCUCGGAUCCUGCACAAACACCCAAAUUGCAUCCGGCAUUGUUGUCUCUGAUGAACGUAGAGGAGACGACGGAGCGGUUAAUAUCAAUACUUUGUGAAGCGGCAGCUCUUAAGGAACCCACUACAUACAAGACUGGAUUUUGGGGUCGGGCACAGGUGGUGCAGCACGCGAUGCGGGUGUGCGUGUGGUGGGCGCGGGGCGGCGGAGACGCGGUGGCACUGGCCUGGUCGCUGCGUCGCGCCGCGCCGCGUCUGCUGCUGGACGACGCCGACCCGGCGGUACGUCGUGAGGCGGGCAGCGCGCUGUACCGGCUGUGUGCGGGCGGUGAAGUGGCAGUCCUAGCGCCGCUACUGCAGCUGCUGCUCGAACAUCUACCACGUGCCGCGGACAUGCGCCCGCACCACCACCACCACCAUUAUCAUCACCACGAGGUGGUGCAUCAUCACGCAGAAGAAGGCAAGGAACCAUAUGGUCCCGCUUGUCGGGAUUAUUUUUGGCUUGUUUGCAGACUGAUAGAUGGCCUGCCUGAGGAGUUUUUUAAAGAAGGCGCCACAUCCGAAGACAGCGGGGCCCCGGACUUAAACGAAUUGUGCGAGCAGAUCCGAGCGUCUUUGGAGAAACGUGAGAUUAUCGAGCGACGCACUGAGCCGUGCACGCCAGAUGAUGGCCUCUACGGACAGUUGAGUCUGUUGACUCACCUGCUGAAACAUCCUCUUAGGUUUAAAACUUCUGAGCAGGGUACUAGGACAUUAGAAAUGGUAUUUGGAUUUUUAUUCGAUGUUCCUAACCCCGAAAGACGUAAUCUGCCAAAGUGCAAAUCGCAGAAGUCCCGAGCAGCCGCUUAUGACUUAUUAGUGGAGUUGGUGCGCGGGGCACCUGAUAACUAUAUGGUGUUACACCAUAAGUUGAUGGAACAUCAUAAACCUGGCGGAUCGUCAGUUUAUCCAUGGGACUACUGGCCGGCGGAGGAGUCGAGGUCGGAGUGCGGGUAUGUGGGGCUGACGAACCUGGGCGCCACUUGCUACAUGGCGUCGUGCAUGCAACACCUGUACAUGAUGCCACAGGCGCGCGCCGCCGUUCUCCGCGCCGACGUCGCUGCAAGUCGCCAUGCGCCUACGCUGCACGAGAUGCAGCGCAUGUUCGCAUACCUCAUGGAAAGUGAAAGGAAAGCCUACAACCCACGUAGUUUUUGCAAAGUAUACCAAAUGGAUCAUCAGCCACUGAACACCGGCGAACAAAAAGACAUGGCGGAGUUUUUCAUAGACCUCGUUUCAAAACUCGAAGAGAUGACGCCAGAGCUUAAGAAACUCGUGAAGACACUGUUCUGCGGUGUUUUGAGUAAUAACGUAGUUUCAUUGGACUGUCCACACGUAUCGCGGACGCUGGAGGAGUUUUACACGGUGCGGUGCCAGGUGGCGGACAUGCGCAACCUGCAUCAGAGCCUCGACGAAGUCACUGUCAAGGACACGCUCGAGGGCGACAACUGCUACACCUGCUCACAGUGCGCCGCUAAAGUGCGAGCCGAGAAACGGGCAUGUUUCAAGAAACUACCGCGUAUACUGUGCUUCAACACAAUGCGGUAUACGUUUAAUAUGCUCACUAUGCUGAAGGAGAAGGUCAACACGCAUUUUUCGUUUCCGAUGCGCCUUGACAUGUCCGGAUAUGUCGAGAAACACCUUAUGCCAGCGCAGUAUCAAGAAGAAAAAAGAAAGUCAUCUGAAGGGAAGAAAGAUGGAGAAUCGAGCCCGACUACAGAACCUGAAGAUAAUUCGGAAUUCGAAGAACAUUAUGAGUACGAAUUAAUCGGUGUAACGGUGCACACGGGCACGGCGGACGGUGGACACUACUACUCGUUCAUCCGUGACCGCGAGCACGAACACCGCGAUCGGUGGCUGCUGUUUAAUGAUGCAGAGGUCAAACCGUUCGACCCCGCGCACAUCGCCGCCGAAUGCUUCGGGGGCGAGAUGACUAGUAAAACCUAUGAUUCAGUGACGGAGAAGUUUAUGGAUUUCUCAUUCGAGAAAACGAACAGUGCAUACAUGUUGUUCUACGAAUUGAGUCCGCCUCGGAGCCAGCGCGGCUCCGACUGCGGCCAGCAGGAGGAAGCACAGUCGUCGACGGCGGAGGAGUGCGGGUCGGCGGCGCGGGAGGGCCGCAGCGAGGGGGAGGGCGGAGAGGAGCCGGUGGAGCUGCCGCAUGAUCUGCUGCAGUGGAUCUGGGAUGACAACAUGCACUUCCUGCACGACAAGAACAUCUUCCAGCAUGCGUACUUCACUUUCAUGGGUCAGAUGUGCAGUUCAGUACCUCAGUCGCUGCUGACGUUGCGGCCAGAGGUUACCGAGGUGGCUGCGAGGCUAUCCACUUCGUUCUUCAUUGAAACUUUCAUACAUGCUAAAGAGAAACCGACGAUGGUAUCGUGGGUGGAGCUGGUAACGAAGCAGUUCAACGCCUCCGCAGCGGCGUCGGAGUGGUUCCUUGGACACAUGGCCGACGACACAUGGUGGCCUAUGCAGGUUCUAAUAAAAUGCCCGAAUCAGAUGGUUCGGCAAAUGUUUCAACGUCUUUGUAUGCAUGUUAUACAAAGGCUCAGAUCUAGUCAUUGUGCCUUAUACCUUCAGGGUAUGGAGGAUGGAGAGGAUAAUAACAAGUUAGGGGAAGCAAGUUGUGUUACUAGGUUUAUAAGGAUGUUAUUAUCAUUGAUGGAAAAUGGUGCUCGGUCCCAUCUGCGUCACCUAACGGAAUAUUUUAGUUUACUGUACGAGUUUAGCAAGAUGGGCGAGGAAGAGGGCAAGUUUAUGCUGCGUAUUAACGCCAUCUCUAUGAUGGUGAACUUUUAUCUAGGACAAAACUCAGCCGUGGUGGAGUCUCCAACGGAGGAAGCGAGCGGAAGUGGAAGCGGUAGCGGCAGCGGGAGCGGCGCGGUCGAGAGCGCUGGUGACAAGUUACGGCCCGGCGCGCUAGACAAGAUGGUGGCGCUGGUGGCCGGUCUGGUGGAGCGGUCGCGAGACGCCGCCGGCCUGCUGGCGCUGCACGAGCCGGACGCGCGCGCGCUGCUGCACGCUAAGGGAUUCCCGUUUAUCUAUCAGCAAACCCGCGACUGCCUCAACUUGCAGCAAACACGAUCACUUAUAUUCGCUUUAUGCCGAUGGAACGAGUCGCUCGCACAGAAGAUCGUCAACAUGAUAUUUCAGGCCAUCGCCAAACAUUCCGAGACGUGCGGGCCGUUUUUUAAGUUGCUAACGCUGCUGGCGGAGGGCAGCGGCGGCGGUACGGGCGCGUCCGGUGGCCUGCCGUGCUUCACGCAGCUCGUGCUGGCUCGCCUCUGGGACGUCGCCGACGUAUGUCCUCACGCCGCACUCGAGUGGCUCGCGCUGCAGGUGCCGCGCAACAAGGCGGCGCACGCGUGGGCGCUGCGCACGGCCGAGCGCUGGGUGGAGGCGCAGCUGCUGGCGGCGGCGGCGGCGCGGGUGCGCGCGGCGGCCGCGCUGCUGCUGGUGGCGCUGGUGCCGUCGCAACACUUCCGCGCCGGCUACGCGCGCGCGCGCCCGCUGCCCGCGCCGCCGCACCACCUCGCCAAGCUGCCCGACACCGCGCAUCACACGCUGCACCAGGUUUACACGAUGCUGCUCAGCAAAUUAAAAGCAGCGCGCAAAUACACCGAUAUCGCAGUACACGGUACUAUGAAACUGACCGCGUACUUCGGCGUUAUGUCCUACUGUGUCGUAAGCCGAGUCGAAAAACUUAUGUUUGGUCAAUAUUUCAAUGACCUGUGGGAUCUAUACCACCCGGCAAUAUCCGAACCGUCGGUGGCGGUGCAUCCUAAUAAGCAGGCGCUGCUCACGUUCUGGCACGCGGUGUCCGUCGACUGCCCGGAGAACGUGCAGCUCGCCGUCUCCAACCAGCGGCUCAUCAAGCACAUCGCAUUCAAUUAUAUAUUAGCGGACCACGAGGACGGCGAGGUGGUGGCGUACAACCGCGCGAUGCUGCCGCCGUACUACGCGCUGCUGCGGCUGUGCUGCCGCCGCUCUAGCGCCUUCGCGCGUGCGCUCGCGCAGCACCAGAACAUACAUUGGGCCUUCAGGAACAUCGCGCCUCACGCACACCUAUACCCCGCUGCUGCCGACGAGUUGCUUAGGCUAGCACGCAUCCUGGCAGCUCGAGGCGGCAGCAAUAAUAGUACAGCGAACAGUAGCAGUAGUGGUGGCAGCGGCACAGAGGCCCCAGACGGCAGGGAGGCUGUGGCGUUCAGACGGAGUACGCUUUCCGCUUACUUACAAGGCUUAAACGGUAGGACGUGUUGGACGACUUUGAUAUCGGCGUUUUGCACGCUGGUCGAGAACGAGGACGACAGAUUGUACGUGGUGUACAAUGGAGGAUUACAAAUGACUUUCGAAGCGCUGCACAGCCUGCACGCGGUGUACGUGGAGGGCGGCGGCGGCGGAGGCGGCGGGGGCGGCGGCGGCGGCAGCGGCGGCGCGGGCGCGGUGCGCGCGGAGCUGACGGCGGCGCUGCGCUGGGCGCGCGCGCUGUGCCGCUCGCUGCGCCGCCGCCGCGACGCCAAGGAGGCGCGCGCGCUGCUGCUCGCCUGCAAGGACUGGCCCGAGUGUGCGCGCCGCCUGCUCACCAUGCUCAACCUGCACCACCGCCUCACGCACCUGCGCGACGCCGCGCUCGGCGUGCUGCGCGAGCUGGUGAUGAUCGGCGGCAGCGCGGCGCUGGGUGCGCUGGUGCCGCUGGCGGCGGGUGCGGCGGGCGCGGCGGGCGGCGGCGCGGCGGGCGCGGCUCGCGGCGCGGCGCGCGGCUCGCCGCGUGCGCGCGCGCACCUGCACCUGUGCGGCGCACGCGCCCCGCCGCCCGCGCCGCCGCCCGCCGCGCCCGCCUACCGCCCCUACCACAAGUUCAUAGACACAUGUUGCCGCGUGGCGAGAAGCCAGCGCUGCAUGUCGGAACAGCUGGUGCUGCUGUCGGCGCUGUGCGCACUGGAGGCGGUUCCGCUGCGGUUCAACUACUUCGCCGCCUUCUGGCGGGACGUCGCUGCUUCACCAGCGGAUUCCAAAUUAGAAGAGAUGCUGUUAGAGUGCAGUGUGGUGACAGAAUACAUGGACGCGGUGUUACUUGACGAGCGAGAUUCGCUCGAGGACCCCAUAAUAUAUCAGUUUAUGCUACACUAUUACCCAAAGGUGUGCGGCGGCGGCGCGUCCGGCGCGUCCGGCGCGGCGGAGGCGCUGGCGGAGGAGGUGUGCGGCGCGGCGGCGCGCGGGCCGCUGGGCGCGCUGCUGGCGCCGCUGCGGGCGCUGUGCGUGCUGGCGUCGCGGCCGCGCCCCGCCGCUGCGUCCUCCGCGCCCGCCGCGCCCCCUGCCGCGCCCGCCCUGCUUCGCGCCGCGCAAGCCGCUCAGCAGCGGCUGCACCACACCAACGAGGAAGAGACGUCAGAGCCGGAAACGACGUCCGAGACUGCGACGGAGCCGGUACGCUGCCACACGCCGGAGGGCAGCGAGGCGGAGGAGCCCCUGGACGACAUCGCGGCCGACCUGGACGACUCCCCCGACGAGGAGCCCCCGCCCGCCGCGUCUGCGGCUCCCGCUAGGGACCUGCGCGCGCAGAUCGCCCUCGCCGCGCACCAGCUCGCCGCCAUAGCCGGAUCCGGCUCCGCCCCUGAAUCGGUCCCUGCACCCGAAUCUGACGCAUCCUUGACGACCCCUAACGAUCAAUCGUAGGGCUACACCCAUUUAGGCCUCCCCACCGUUCUGUUAAUCCCACUCUUGUUCCUCCCCUUAUUUUUCCCACAUUGGAAUGUGUAAAUUAGAAUGUUCUAGAUCCGUCAUACUCUUAGGCUUCCAUGUUCCCGACCAUUGUUUGUAUUCCAUUGUCUGAAUUUAAAAAAAUUCCAAUUUUUUCUCACACAUACAUUUAAAAAUAUUAAAAAUAAUGCCCCACAAACACAGUUUUGAAUACUUAAGUGAUCCAAAAAAACUUUGAGUGUGGCAGAUCUAGACAUAAUGAUAGCUAUGAAACAAUAAUUACUGUUUUAUAGUUUCAUUAUUUGUGAAUUUGUAAUUUUAUAGUUUUUAUAUUUAAUUGUUGAGUUCAAUGAUGUGAUACUAUUUGAAAAUGCCGGCGGCUUAAUUUUAGUUUUAAUAAGAGUUAAAUCGAAUGAAAUUUGGCAUUACAGUUAAUUUUAAAUUAGUUUAGUAAAAAUUUCUUUGACGUGAUGAAUUUAUCAAAAUGUUUCUUUCUCUUUUGUUUUGCUCUUUUUUCUCUCUUAAAGGUAUUUAUUGCAUUGUUAGUAAUGUCAAUUUACUUUAACAUAACACGCCACGAUAUGUACUACAAGACAAGUUGUUAUACUGUAUUUACUUGUCAGUUGAAAUGUUCAUAUUGUCAAAGGCACGACUGGUAUUACUCUUGUGUAAAUAUACUUAAGUAAGAUGUGGUAAUUGGGAAUUAGUAACAUUAUUAUUGGUAAUAUGACUAUUAGGAGUUUCCUGUGUGUGUUAAAUGUUAUGUAUUCAAGCUUUGCCCCACAUUGCAUGGUCUCGGACCAACGCAUCGAUGAAAACUUCGUCCAUACGUUGACCCUAAUAUGUUGGAACAAAGCUGGUACGCAAUAGUUAUAAGCCCGACUGAAAAGUUAAUAACUACAAAGCCAAUUUUCUCGGUAAUCAUUUCUUUUACUGGCAACAUUGACGCUUAGCGUCGUUUGUUAUUUUUUCAUAUUGGUAUGAUUAUAUGUUGCCAUAAAAAGGAAACAAAUGGUUAUUUUUUUUUAGGUGGGCUUAGAAUGCGUAACAUUUACCAAGCGAAAUUGAAUAUUAAAAUUUGUAAUAUCUACCCAGCUCAAUGUUACAAUGAAUCUAUGUAUUAAUUUUAAUUUACAUAAUAUAUUAGCGAGUAUGUAAUUUCUUAAGUCAUUAAUAUAUUACGUUAUUUGGAGUGCAAAUGUUGUGAAAAUGUUAUAAAAAGUUUUCGAGGUUUAAUAUAUAAGUUUAAUGUAAAAUACAGCGAUUGUCGCGUAGUAAUUUGUUAUCAAUUAAUUCCGGUAGUGUUUAAUCGAAAGCUAUGAUAUAUAUAAAUUAGACUUUUCAUACUAACAUUGUUUAUAAGUACAUAUGUGUAUAGUAUACAUUCCAAAACACACCAUCACAAUAUAGUUAUGCGAGUCAAAGGUAUCAAAUUAAUAAGAAUAACCGACAAAAUAAUAACCGACUACUACCGACUAAUUUGUUUAUUAGAAUAAUUUAAUUAAUUACUCCACUAAACAAAUUUUUGUGAAUCGUUCAAGCAUCGUAAAAGGUACUCUCACUAAAAAUGAUGUUUUUUUUAAUUUUAAUGGACAAAGCAGCAAAGUUUUACGUAUGUAUACAUAGGUAAUGCUAUUAUUGGCUAUUUACUGCAAAUCUAAUGCCAUAAUAAUAAUAUUCUAACAUUCUUCUUUUCUAUCGACAGUCUGCGUGAUAAAUUUUUAGAUUUGUUAUAAAUUUUUUUUUUUAAUUAUAAUGUAAAAUACAUUUUAUUAAUUUAUUGCGUAGAUACUGUAGAUUUGUAAACAUAAUGCAGCGAAUUAUUAUUUCAUAUUUUUUAUUAAACUUCUGCUUUCGUCGGAAUAUUAACCAAAAAUAAACACCUCAGUCGCAAUAAUGUUUUAAUUUAUUAGUUGUCAAGCAAAAACUAAUAUUAAUUUUUUUAUUACUUUACUUGACUAAAAUAAUAACAUUUAUUUGUAUAUAACUCGAUAUAACGAAAUUCUAAUUAUAACCAUUUAAAAAUAUUAUUUAAUACCACUGUGUCACAUUACUUGAUAAGACAACAAACUUUAAAAUAUUAUGCAAUAUGUCAAAAAAAUUAUUUAAAUUUCUGGUUAAGAACUUCUGUGAUUAGUAUUUAAUAGUGGAAUAUUUUAUUAAAUAUUCCACUUCACACAAUCAUAUAUUACUUUAAACUUUUAUUUACAUAGGGACACGUUUGUGACUGAGUACUUGACAAAGUGACGAAGUGGUAGAUAAUCAAUAACUGUGUCUCGUGACAGAGGUGUAAAACAGUAGUAUUUGAGCGUAUAUGAAAUAUUUAACAGGAAAUGAUAAAAUAAUGUAUAAAACUAAAAUUAUUUAUUUAUUUAAGACUUUAUUGCAUCAAAAUUACAUGACUUGUUAAAGAAUUUAUAAAGUGCAGUACAAUGUAGCGAUGCAUGGCAUAUAUCCAAGGAGAGGAGAAUUUUAUUUUUUAAAGGAGACAUGCCAUUGUCACUAAAAAAGAAUAAUAAUAUAAUAAUAAUGAAGAUGAUGCGUACUGGAACUCACUGCUGCAACGAAAAAGUUUACUACAAUCUUUAUAAUAUAAAAGAAUCAUAUCAAUAUUAUUUGUAAUGUUAAAUGCACGUUCACAAACCAAUAAAAGGUAUGAUAUGUUUUUAUGUAAUUAAAAUAUACGAUUUUUUAUAUGACUCAAGUUGUUUAGAAUAGUUGGUGACAGACAUACCUAAAUAUGUUGUACAAAAUAUACUAUCACAUAAUUAACACGUGAUUUUCGUUACAAAUGCUACAGUAGUCGUUUAUACAAGAUAUUUGAUACCUUUGAAAUAUACAUAUAUUUAUAUUCACAUCAAUUUUAGUUUUUUUUUUUUUUAUUAUUAUGAAAUUUUAAACUAGAAAUGAAUAGAAACAUAUAUCUACGAGUGAUUAAUGAACCUUGCAUAUUUGUAAUUUUAUUUGUUUGUUUAAACGUUAAUCGGUAAUUAUUUUGAUUAAUCAACCCAUAGAAAAAUAAUUUGGAUACAAUUAUGUUCUUGAAAGGAUUUGACUUGUGGCAUAUUAUUAUAUUUUUUAUAUCUAUCUUACUAUGGAGGGACGAGCUAAGGAAAAUCUCUGUAUAAAAAGGAGCCACGUUCAGCGUGUAGUGUGAGAGAAGGUGAACAGUGUGUGUGUAUGUUUAAAGUGAGAUGAAAAAUGGUUUUAUUGUGUAUACUAUUUUUAUCUAUUUUUGUUUGUUUUUAUACUUUUAUAUAUACUUCUAUAUAUACUUCUAUAUAUAAAUCCAAUAACUCUUAUCUAUUCUAACUCUAUUCGUCUUAUCUAUAUUGAAUAUGUACUUUAAGUUUUAUUGAUACCACGCAAGUUUUCAGUCUCAAUAUCAAUUUUUUCCAGGCAUUCUUUUAGAAUCUUUUUUAAUAUGUUUUCAUUUGCUUUUUUUAAUGUUAUGUAAUCUAUUUACUAUAUUAUAUAAGUAAGGAGCAUGAGACUAAUACUGUCUUUGGGCAAAACUAGUCUUGACAAAAGGAAAUGGACAGCGAUCGAUUCUUUAAUUUUCUUUUGCAGGUAGGUAUGGUACUAUUUCAGAAUGGCACUUUGUAAUACAAUGUAAAAUUAUAAAAAAUGAAGGUGGUGUUAAAGUAGCAUGUGGGUAAAUUUUAAAGAAGUAAAUAAGGAUAUCACUUAUGCAUUUUAGUGUUGUAUUUUUUUUUUUUCUAAAGAAACCUCUAAAAUAGAACAUCAUUGAUAUAUAAUUAAUGUUAAAUAUUGUUGUAAAAUUUUUAAUUAUGCAUUAAAUAGUAAACAAUAUGAAAUUUUCCCUCUCAAUCCAUUCACAGCGGCUAAAUUCUUACUCUGUUGCUACUUUAGUGCCAUUUUGGAGAUGUUUGGAACUGUUAUAAGUUAUAAUGGGACACUUACUACUGGUCCCUCAUAUGGAAUAGUUUUCCUUAACUCUACCCCCCAUAUAUCUCACUCGAUAAACAAGACUGGUAACGUUUCCAUGUUAAGCGUCAAUAGAAAAUAAAUAAUAAAAUGUCUGACUAGCCAGAAUAUAUAAAUUUAUAAUAUUUAGAUUUACUUUAUUUAAUAAAAUAAGUAUUAAACAUUUAUUGCUUUCUUAUAAUAUGGAAGUAAAAAUUACCGAUUUUAUGAGAACUAAAAAAAAAUAACUUUUUUUUUUAGUAUUAACUCAUAUAAUAAUUUCGUUUUAUAAAAAAAUCACUGUUGAAUGUAAUUGUGUUCUGAGAAAAUUGAAGCAAAUUGCGAAGAUAAAUAUGACGAUACCUGGUAAAUAUACAGGGUGAAAUCAAAAUCGUGACCAUCCGUUGAAGGCAGCAUUCUACCAGCGAAAUUGUACACUAUCAUCAAACAAAUAUGUUUAAAAAAACGACAAAAGAUUUUAAAACUAUCAUACUAACACGGUGCAGCUGUUGAUGGGGAUUCGAUUUUUUUUUAUGUUUUCAACCGACUUCAAAAAGGAGAUUCUCAUAUCGGCUGUAUUUUUUUGUCGUUUGUUACAUUAUAACUCCGUCAGUUCUAAACCGAUUUGGAAAAUUCUUUUAAUCUUUAAGAACAUCUUUAAUCCUUAAUUUAUAGAGUUACUUCAGUAGUUUUGUUUUUAGAUCAAAAUAACUGGUCUUGUCACAAUUGAAGACGUUCUUUUUUUUAUUUGUGGGACACAAUGGGAAUUUUUUUAUUUAACAAAUUUUGUUUUACGACCGCUACCAAUUUUACCCUGUAUAUAACUUAUGGACAUAAAUAUCAUUGUUCAGAAUUUUGUCGUUUCGUGUGAAAGCAAAUAUUGACUACAAAUAUGCUCAUGUAAUGUAAUAAUUCAUAUUACGUGAGCAUAUACCCGCGUUACAAAUGAUACAUCUAAAUGUGUUCCCCCAUAUAAUACCAAUUACCGAUGUGUUACAUUACGCGCGAACGGUAAAAAUUGAUUCUUGAUAUAAUAUCAGCAAAUUUGUUUUAAAACUUUUACAAUAAAAAAAAUAUAUAAAUAAUUGCAUUACAAGUAGUCACAAUUGUUUCUUGUGUCAAUUUAAUGUUCUAACACCUAUUCUUAUUUCGAAUACAUAAUGUCAUAAUCAUUAUUCGUUUCGGCUGUGAAAAUUAGUUUAGGAUACGCGUACCUACCCUUUUAGAGGAAAAAAAUCAUUGUUGCUCUUACGGUGUCUAAAUAAUAAUAUAUGUAUAUCUAAAUAACAAUAUUGUAAGACAAAGAACUUCCCGUCCAAGGCGCUUAAAUCUUAUAUUUGUGUUAUUUUGCAAAGAUCUUUUAGGCCAGUAUGAUUUGUGUAUAAAAUCUUAUUCUAAAGUAAAUCUCAUCGUGUAAAAUAAAUAUUACGCCUCUAAAUGUCUUAGUGUUAUCGAUGUAUUUAAUAUGCUGAGGGAGCAGCAUUCACUUUCAAAAUUACCUUUUUUAUGUAUAAAAAAAAAUUAAUAUGGGUAAUAAUGGGGUGUAAUCAUAAAUUUUAUUAUUACUGCUAUAUGCCCCCGUAAUCUUAGUGUUUAAAAAGAUGUUUUUGAAUGUUGACGGUCGCAUGUUUUUUUUUUUAUUUAGGAAUUCAAUAGAAACCAGGUAUUUGGGAUAUAUUUACUUGUAUUGGUAUGAAAAACAUAUAGGUAUUGAAAUAUAACAUACAUUCUAUGAAAAAUACUGAAAAUUCAGUCAUUAAAUAGAGUAGGUUCACUUUUAAAUAUGUACACAUGAACAAAUAUAAUAUAGUUUACAGCUUGUGUGAUACAAAACUUUUUGAGUCGCAUGUAUUUGUCCGAAUGCUUGUGAAUGAUUGUACCUACCAAUAAGUAGCAUUAAUGUUAACAAUAAGUAGAUAAAUGCUACUUUAUUAAGGUAAAAUCUUAAUUACACACUGCCCGUAUAAAAAUAAUGAAGAUACAACAAUAAUGUCUCUCAUUGUGUAAUUUUUAACUAAUUAAUGUUACUGAUAAUUUUUUUAAUCACAAUUUAUUUGCCGAUUUUUAUGAAGAAUAAAAUGUCCAUUUUAUAUCUUUAUAGUAGUUUAAUCUGUGCUUUUACAUCACAAAGCUGUUUAGUUGAAAAAUAUGGUAACUAUACUUAGACUCGUCGUAGUACUACUUUUCUCGAAUAUUACACGUGUACCAUGUUCGUAGCUGUCAAUAGUUAUAUGUAAGUACAUUUUAUUGGGACAGAGAAAAAGCAAUAAUUUUCAACUAAAUACGAAUUAUUCAUAAAUGAAGUCUCAAUAUUUCAUAAUUAUAUGUACGUACUUUAUAACUUAAUGAUUGUUAUUAAUUGACCUACUAUGUUAUAAAUAUAUUAUUGGUAGUAUUUAUGUGGUGGAACUGGCAGUCACUGGACAAUUUUGUAAAAGGGUUAUGAUGUAAUGUGGUGCUAUCAAACUUGAUUUGAGUGACUGGAAAUAAUACAAGUGUAUUUAAUUUUGUCCUGAUUUUAGAGCUUAUUAAUAUAUUAUAUUUCUUAAUGUAAUUACCAUACUGUAAUUUUUUAUUACUUUUAAGAUACGUUUUAAGAAAGUGAGGCAUGGUGUGCAUUAUUCUCACAGUAGAAUGAUCACAUUGUACCCCAUUUUGAUGUACGGCUUGUAAUGAUAAAAAUUUCAAUUUGUGUAUUAUAUGUUACUGAGAGUUUCAGUCGAAUUUAACUGUGUUAUUGAACAUAAUUUGUGGAAUUAAAAAUACUGUAAAUCGGACUGGAAAGCCAAAGUAAACAGUAUUUUAUAAAAA